AUGAUCUGUGCGAAUCAACACGAAGCAGCGACCUCCACGACGAGCACGCCGCGCUGUGUCGCCCACUGGGCGCACACGCAAGAGCAAGUGCUCCACGCCGUCUAUCUCCUCGCAGUGCUACUGCUCAUCUCGCUGCUCUGGACAGUCGCAUCGAAACACCAGCGCAAAACGCUGCGGAAGGGCGAAAUCGGCUUCUCGCUCAAGUGCCGCCGAUGGGCGCGCACGUCCCGCACGGCUGCAAUUAUUAACCGACCUGUCCAGUGGAUCGUGUCGUGUGCCAUUCUGGGCCUUACAAUGUCCAGACUCGACUCGUACGAUGUCACCGAGUGGUCUUACUACACCGUGUUAGGGCUCUACGCAAUCGCUAUUGUGGACGAUGGUGUGCGCUUCCUUGCGUCUCGGUACAAACUCAUCUUCUGUUUCUCGCCCGUCACGCUACUGGAGCUGCUAUGUCUGGCGUCCAAUUUUGACGUGGGUUUUGGCUCUGUAAAGGUUAUUGGAGGUGUGCAAACACGGACGUAUUUGGACUUCUCGGUCAUGCGGCCGGUGUUUAUGCUAAGGAGUUACAUGGAAAUGGAGAAACACGUACCUCGAUCGACGAAAGGCUGGAUGAUGGUCCGACUUGGAAUCAAGAUUCUGCUCAUGAUCAUGGUCGGCGCGUCAAUCAUGUUCUUCCUGGAGACGCUAGGCGAGCUACCAUUUUUCACCGACAAUGGGUUUGCGCAUUUGUAUAGCUGCAACGAUGGGACUGUCACGAGACAUGAGUCUUUGGAGUGCUCGGAAUCAACGUGGUCGGUCAUGUUUGCCGUUUACUUUACAAUUGUGACACUUGGCACUGUCGGCUAUGGCGACAACGCACCUCAAACAGUACCUAGUCGACUACUGGCCAUCAUGUUUAUCGUUAUGGGGAUCAUCUUGUUCUCGAUGGAGAUCGACAAUCUCACCGGCUUGUAUAACUUGCGUCGGAUCGGAAAUCCGCCAUACGUUGCUAAGCCUGACUCCAAGCAUGUGCUAAUUAUCGGUAGCCCAUCGUACGCCCAGCUCUCGGCCAUUCUCCAAGAGCUUUUCCAUGCUGACCAUUUGAGCGAUGCUGAUACACGGCGGCUCGACGCUGUUGUUCUUGGGGAGCGCAAGGCCAACUUCGUGAAGCCGCUUAUCGCUAAGCUGAAAGCAGACCCCGUCUACACAUCACGUGUAACAUACAUCGCUGGUGACGCUAUCCACACUGAAGAUUUAGAGCGGUCUCUUGCUCGCGAUGCCGUAGCAGUGUUUGUGUUUCCAGAUAAACUGGCUAGUGACGCCGCACAGGAAGAUGCGAGAAACAUCAUGCGCUCACUCGCAACCAGACAUUAUGUCGGACCGUCUGUGCGCAUUUUGGUGAUGGUGCUUCGUGCUGAGAGUGGUCGGCACGUACUAGCUGCGGGUGUACACCCAGACGACAUCAUAUGCGAAAACGUUGUCAAAAUGGGCUUGAUCGCUCAAAACACUGUUUCACACGGCGUGUCAUCCAUGCUGGCAAACUUGGGAUCAAGCUUUUCUGUUGACAUCGACAAAGAAGUUCUUCUGCCCACUGCUGUUGAGAGCAGCAAAUUGACUGGAUCGGACGCCGAAAAGAAAUCGUCCGGGGACAGCUGGAUGGAAGAAUAUUAUGCCGGCGCAGCAAAAGAAAUGUACCUUAUCCAUUUAUCAAAGGAAUAUGAGGGUCUGACAUUUUCUGAAGGGGCUACUCGAAUUUUCAAAGAAACGUUAGGUACAGUACUGCUUAUCGGUGUGGAAGUCGAGUUUCCCAAGGAGGAGGCAGUGUUCCACAGCAGCUUCGAGUCUCGUGUGUUGCUGAAUCCGGGCGACAGUUUGCUUCUGACAGAGUCUAUCCAGUGUUAUUGCAUCGCCGAUGACCUGGACCAAAUUUUUCGCUUCAAGAUUUGCGUGGGAGAGGUCAGCUUAGAACACAGGCGGCGACAGAUCAACCAUUCUACGUCCGCAAACCCAAUUGAACAAGAUAUGUUCCAACCGAUGCUCUCUUCUGGCCAUGAAGGCAACCUUUCUUGCGAUGAGCUAAGCAGUGCGAAUACUUACACGGCUUACACGACUCCGAAGUACGCGAAUAUGAAGCACCAUAGCCCAGUUUCAACAUCGGGAACUGGAUUGCUUGUUCUGGACCGUUCACUGGAGACAAUUAUUCUGAGGAUCAAAAAUGCGAACCGAACAAUCGCCAGUGACAAUCCUCACGAAACACUUCAAGUUCAUGCCGGUUUACACCGUACUGUGAAUAAAAAGCUGUCAACUAUGGCGCCGCAGGAGAGGCUUACUGCUCCACCUCUCGCUAUCCUGUUGCAUCCCGAGCAUCUCGUCAUCUGCAGUUUCCUGGGCAGAGAAUCCGUAGAAAGUCUGCAAUGGCUCAUCAGACCUCUUCGCAGUCCAUACGCCAGCAGCCAUCCUCCGAUCACGAUUUUGGAUGCUGUGGAGCCGUCCGACCUGUUGACACGCAUGUUGCUCGCCUUUGACGACGUGUUUUACGUACGUGGCAGCCCCACCGUUUAUUCAGAUUUGCAGCGCGCUGGUGCAAAAGCAGCAGCUGCGGUUGUGAUACUUGGAAAACGGGGAGAAAUGGCAAGUAUGUCGACAUCCGUCUCCGACGUGGAGUUAGAGUCCAGUAUUGAUGAUGCCGAGGCAAUCUUCGCGACGAUGUUGGUGGAACUGAAAAUGGACCUUUCGAAAAUUUUCACGAUCACCGAGCUUGCCGACGAAGCUAACUCAAAAUUUAUGGGCAUGUCGUUCCGAUCCACCAAGGUACAAACUGUGGCGUCGACCGGGAACAACAGGAAGCGAGGAGUUGCAGCGGAUGUUUGGAGUACAGAAAUGUUCAAGUUGUGGAAUAACAUUCUGCAGCAUGAGGCAUCAGGGCAAGCGUCAAAGAAGGAGAUUUUCGGUCUUCCUCUGUACAUGUCGGGCCGGAUCCUACACCCGCAGCUAUGCGAAAACAUGGUUGUGCAGACGUACUUCAACCCGUCAAUUCACAAGAUUAUUCGUCAGCUGGUUGGAGGCCCUCGUUGCACUGGUGUGAUUCACACCUUCUCGAUCCCGCGCCUUCUUCGACAGGAAAAGUGCACGUACUCGGACGUCUUCCAAGCGUUCGCCAAGUCAUCGUAUUCGGGUAUUUGCAUCGGCAUUUACCGCUUGUCAACACAAACAAUCGGAUUGUCGAGCCAUGUCAAACUGCCUAUCGUAAUCACGACUCCGAAAGCAGAUCUCAAGCUUCUCAAGAGCGAUCGAGUCUUUGUUUUGAUCGGAGUUCACACGCUGGAGCGCGCGGCCACGAAGGUUCAGCAGCACUACCGACGGCACAAAGGGAUCUCGGUUCGGUGA